UGAUUUGACUCACCGAUAAAGAGCCGGAAUUCUCGUGACACGCGCGUUCUCGCGUUUAAACGCUUUAAUCGUAGCCCUUUGUUCAGUGAGAGAGUGAGACACACAGGCAGAAGUGUCAGGAUCACUUCAGGAGAAAGACCAGGAAAAGAGAGAAAGGGAAAGAGCUAUGGAGACAUCUUCCGGCACCCCAACAAACUUCUCAUGGGUUGAGGUCAAUAAAGUGGCAGGACUGGCCUGGCCAUCCAGUCCAGAUCAUUACCGCUUCUUACUGGAUCACGGGAUUAAACAUCUGGUGUGUUUGUGUGAAUCCACACCACCGGCUUAUGAGAGCUGUCCAGAUCUCAAACUGCACCACAUCCCCAUGGUGGACUUCACCCCACCGAGUCUGAGUCAGAUUCAGAGAUUCAUCUCGAUCACUGAACACGCCAACACAGGACAGGCGGUUGCGGUGCACUGUAAACACGGCCUCGGCCGGACCGGGACCAUGCUGGCCUGCUACCUGGUGAAGACGAGGAAGAUCUCAGGAGCCGAGGCGAUUCUAACCAUCCGAUCUCUUCGGCCUGGAUCCAUAGAGACUCGCAAGCAGGAGAAAGCCGUGCUGGAGUUUCAGCAGUUCCUCCAUCCCAACACCGUCCUGUAAACACCGCCCUCUAAAUACCACACCAUAAACACUGCCCUUUAAACACCACCCUCUAAACACCACCCCUCUGUAAAUACGCCCAUAAACACCGCCCUAUAAAACAUAUCUGUUGUCCAAAACAUUUUAACUCCAGAGUAUGCUGCUACUCAGUUUUCAGUCAGAAAUAUGCCCCUUUCUCCGCCCCCCCACCGGGGCCCCACUGCUUAUUAAAAAUCACAGACCAGUAUAUGAAACAAAAUGAUUGACAGUUGCGAAGGUCAUUUGAACUCUCCUACAUUACCUGACCCUCCAGAAGCCCCGCCUCCAUCUUACAUUAGUCUCAUUUUCUCAAACGCUGAGGUCAUCCUUCCUGUCCUGUCAAAAAAUAUCGGAAUUACACAGUGGGAGCACUGGAACACCACUACGAUGUCGGAAUUACAACUCGGGAAAUCCGAAGAAAUUCUUCUAUACAUCUCUAUUUUCUGAUCUGGAGGCGUAUCAGGAACAAAAAAUUGAGACUGUCUUGAUAAAAUUUCCAGGAAACAUUUUCCGUAGUUCAUGUUCAGUCCUUCAUUUUGUUUCAGUAAAGGAAAAUUUUAAAAAUAAAUAAAAUAAAAAAUAAAAACCUUUAAAAUGCUGUAAUCAUGAACAAGAUUGUUUUUGUGAAAAAAAUUAAUUUUUUGUUAAACAAUAUUGAUCAGUAAUCAAUUUCUGUCAUGACUGCUAGCUUUUUUCUAUCAAUAAACUAAGCUAACAUUAGACAAAUAUAAAUAACAUGGGAGGCACCAAAAUGAUGGAUACCGAAAAUGGUCAAAAAUAGCUGAAAAUUUUUUGACUGCUAAUUGUUGGGUGUGUGACAAGAGUGGGAUGUUAGACCAGUGUUGUGACCAGACAAUACUGUAAUUGGACUGUAGUAUUUAUUAUUAUUAUUAUGACCAUUAUAAUUAUUAUUGGUAUCCCAGGACUUCCUGUUGCUCUGAUCUCAGCAGGUCUGAUGCUUAUUCCUCUCUCUCUGCUCUGACUGAAAGCGGUUCACGUCAGCAAACAUGAAAUCCACCAAAUCCUUCUGAAUUACAGGUUUCUCAGAAGCGCACACUCGGGUGAAUCCUCAGAACUCAGGGUGUGUCCAUGAAGCAAAAGCUGUUUCUAUGACAACGGUGUGUACAAACACUGUAUAAGCUUAGUCAUGCUCAAGCGUGUGUGUGCGUUUUCUGGUGUCACUGAAAGAGUAGAAAUCUACCUCUUACCCUCUAUAUGGUCAGGCAGGGUGCUUAUAAGGCGACAUAACUGACAAUGCUACGUAGUCAUUUCUUAAAGGCUUGCUCAGUGUUUUUUACUGGAUUUCUGACCUGAAAUUUUCAUUUAUUUAAGUUUGAGAAGUUACUACGACUGUGUAACAUCAGUCUGGAAAGUGUCAUAACCUCUUUGUGGCAACACAGACGUCACGUGCCUCAGGUGUCGCUUCAACGUCUGCUGGAAUAAGGCUUUAGAGGAUCAUGUCUGUUGUCCUGUAACAGAAGAUCUCAGGAAUAAAAGAUCAAAGAAUUCUAUACAUAAUAAAUAUAGAAUUAAUACACAAAUGUACACCAAGUUGAAUUCCGGAUUGCGAUUGGUCAGAAGACGUCGAUUCGUUUUCACACACGUUCCGAUAUAGGGUAUCGUUUCCUAGCAACAGCUUGCACAGGGACUUGUACAGCGGAGGCUCUGCGUGACUGAAAUAAAAACCUGCUGCCGUUAAUGUGAGGUUUUCUGUAAGGAGAUGUUUAUCUAUCACUUAGGGAAGGAGUCUCCAGUUCCAGAUUCUGUGCUUUGUUGAUUUUCUUGCUUUAUUUUAUUUUUUUUGCUGUAAUGAGAGGAAACGGCUGUUUAUAUUGUAUAAGAAUAACGGGAUAUUGUAUAACCUGUCUUUGUGGAUUUUAAAAUAAAGGAUUUUA